GCCGAUUUUAAGGCAGCGAGCGUAUACGCCGUGUCACGUGGGCAGGCGCGACAAGCGCAUAUUCGAGAGAAACCUGGCGCCCUGGUGGCGGUCUUGGGGCGGCCAUAUUUUCUCUCGUGGGUUUUAGUCACGAAGGUGGUGGUUCGCUGACAAUUUCUGGGAUGCGCCGUUUGAAAAUAUUCUCGCGUGUUUUAUACUCGUAAAUAAGUGAUCGGUGCCAAUCAUGGCUAAAGGGAGUAACAAUUUGAGUGGGAGACGGUCGUCGUCGCAUAAUACGAAGCCCUACGACGCAAACAAUUCUUUUGUAAAAAAAGUGGCAACAAAAGUAACUGAUCUUCUACCGCAAAGAUUGUGGAUUAGUAAAUGGUUUAACACAUCUCAAAAUGAUGAAGAUAUAUUAGAAGACAAUGAAAAUCCCGAAGAGGUUGAAUUAGAAGAAGAUAUUCAGAAACCUCCACCUUUAAAACGACCAUGUAUCCGCAUGGAUGUUACUCACCCACCUGGUACAUUUUCAAUUCAACCAAGAGCCAAAUCAACAGUUAAUAAAGCCAGUUCAUCUAAACAACAAUAUUUCAUUAAUGAAACAAGUGAAGAUUUUUCUAAACCUGCAAUGGCUGGACCAAGCGGGAUGAGCCAUUUAGUAACUUCUACACCUGCAAUACAAUCAGAUAUUAGAAACAUAGCACCACAGAGAUCAGAGUUAAAUGCAUUAGUUGCUACCACAAAUAAUGGAACUACGAAUGGUAUGGAUGAUAAUUCAGAAUCUAGCGAGAGCACUAGUGGUUGUAGUUCCCUUAUUCCACAAAUAAAUAGACAAGAAGCUCCACCAAAUGUCUACAUUUCUCCAUUUUCUAAUAGAAAAAGAUUUGAUAAUGAUAAAUUAAAUUUUACCAAUCAUAUGCAGUCUCCAAGGUCUUUAUUUUUAGAGAAUACUCGAGAUUCCUUAAGUAGUCGUAGACCAAGCUUCAAUGCAUCAAUCAUGACAAACACGCCGGAUCGUGCAUCUCCCUUGGCAUCUCCUUUUUACAGUGGAAAUACUACUUUUGGUGGAGCAAAUGCAGCUGGUCUUUAUAAGCGAGGUCGUAAUUUGUUUAAUAAUUCAAAUGAGAUUCAACUUAAAGUUCCUAAAAGAACAAGUGUUGAAGUAAAACCAUCUAAUACAGAUUCAUCUGGUAUGAGUCAGACUGCUAAAAAAAUUUUGGAAGCGUUAGAACACUUUUCAUCGCCAAUAACUGAUGCUAAAAAAAUUCCAUUAAAAGUGAUGAAUAAUACGUCACCAAUAAGUAAGAAGAGAUCAAGAGAAGAAAUGACAUCAACAACUAAAGUUGGAUUGCGUCAUUUAACUCGUGAAUUAACUGUACCAACUAUACCCGAUAUAUUAAAAUUGAGACGACGGCAAAAAUUGCAAGAUACAACAGCUGCAGCUAGAAAAAUUGUUUCAGCUCGAAGCGAACCACCGCCUCCUCAAGAAUAUCAUAUUAGGACACAAACUGAUGAUGAUUCAAAACAUCAUGGAAAAGUUAAAACAAGUCUUGACCAAGAAGAUACAGUUGAGCCAGUUAAUUUACCAAACAUACCUUUACCUAUAUCUUCUUUACCUAAUUUCAACUUUAUGCCAUCUACUAAUACAAAGAUGAUAGAUAAAACUAAUACAGACAAAGAAGAUAGCUUCACUUUCGCAAGUCCUAUAAGAGUAACAAAUACCACAAAGAAUUUAAAAUCUAUCAACAACUUCACAUUUAGUAGCCCAAUUAAUGCCGAUAAGCAAUUACUUGACAAAUCUAACAAUUCAGGUUCGCCUUUAAAAAGAAUUGGUGUCAAAUCCAAUACAUCAGAUGACUAUAUACCUCCAGUAACACAGAACUUUAUCUGGUCCGGUUCAUCUACAGCUCCUAGAUUAAAAGAAAAAGUAAAAAAUAAUGAUAGCAUUGUUCCUGCUACUUCGAAUGAAUUAAAAUCAGGAAGUGUCAUGGAUAUUCUUUGUUCUAAAUCUAGUACAACAAAAUCUGAAAAAUCGGGUGAAUCGAAGAUACAAUUAAAUUUAGGCAAAGAAUCAAUCAAUAAUAAAACAAAUACGGCUAACCUAGACACAAAUAAUGACGAUAAUAUAAAAAAUGUUUCAAAUUCUCAAUCUAAUACGCAGGAUAUUUCAAUUAUGUGGGAAUGUUCUGAAUGUUUGUUUAAGAACAAUAAUACGGAAACACAAUGCUUUGCUUGCAAAGCUACUAAACCAAGUCUUAAAGAUAAAAAGACUUCUGAAUCGUUAAUAUCAAGUAAUGUCGGUGAACCAAAAACUACAGUAAAUGAUCAUUUUGGAUCGCAGUUUAAACUUUCAAGUAAUCAGUGGGAGUGUACAUCAUGUUUUGUAAGAAAUAAACAAACUGAUACUAAAUGUAUUGCGUGUAAUGCGCUUAAACCAGACGCAAAGCAAGAAACUAAAUCUGAGAAAUGUUCUAAUUGCAAGUUACAUGAUUCUGAAAAAUCUGCUACUUGUUCUUUUUGCGAUACGUCUAAAUCAAGUACAUCAAAAAUUAAUCCACAAGGAAAUAUGAACCCUACGGUUAAUACAGAUAUUUCUGUAAGUCAGAAUACAACCAAUGUAUCAAUGAAAAAAAAUGAAAGUCCAGAUAAAUUAAAUUCAGACAAAGAUACGUGGGAAUGUCCUUGUUGUAUGGUUAGAAAUCUUAUGUCCAUUGAUUCUUGUCCAUGUUGUAAUACAGCUAAACCUAAUGCUGGAAUUACAACCAAGAAUACUUCAUUAUCUUCAAAUAGAUUUGGAGACAAGUUUAAAAAACCUGAAGGUGCAUGGAUCUGUAAUACUUGCAUGUUACAAAAUGAUCCACAAAUUACUACAUGUGUAGCUUGUGGUAAUGCAAAGCCAGGCUCGAAGAAACCAGAUAAUUCUACUUCAAUAAAUACUAAUUCCAGUUUACAGUUCAAUUUUGAUAUGCCUGCAAAUACUAGCGGUUUUAAAUUUGGUAUUGACAAAGCUGAUCAAGGAAAGACUGAUAGUACAAUAUCUACAAACGGUUUUAAAUUCGGCGAAGCUCACAAAAAUAAUGAAAUUGGUCAAUUUACAUUUGGUAUCUAUAAAGAAGAAGCAAAAACAAACGAAACACAAAAAUCUGGAAAUAAUAUCUCUUUGACCUCGGGAAGCAGUUUUGGUAUUCCAGUUAAUACAAAUGUUGGCGAAAAGACUGAUACAAAGCAAGAUUCAGAAAACACGGGAAAAAAUUCAGCACCGUUAUUUUCAUUUGGUAUAGCUAAAAGUGAAAGUGGUGGAGUAGAAAGUAAUAAACAAUUUGUAAAUGUAACAACUUCUACAGUAACCCCAUCUACCUUUACGUUCAAUGCACCUAAAUCUACGGUUGCACAAUCAAAUAUAAAAGAAGAAAAACAAAUCCCUUUGCUAGAAAAUACUGUAACAGAAACUUCAAAAUCAAGCAGUAAUGAAUUUACUGCUGUUAAUACAAGUACAAUAUCCUCAAUAAUUCAAAGUAGUGUUCAAGAACCUAAAUCAACUGCUACAUUUUCUUUUGGUGUACCAAAUAGCACAAUCGCAAUGACUAGUAGUACUUCUACAACUGUGGUAUCAAGUCUUCCAUCUUCUACUCAAUCUUCCUUUACAUUUCCCGAAUCAAAACCAAAUACGCAAACAUCAAUUGUACCAACCUUUGGUCAAAUAUCAACGUCAGCUCCAACUUCUAAUUUAUCUAAUACCUUUACAUUUGGAGAUAGUAAAACAAGAGAAGAAUCCUCAAUAACCAAGACUUUUAAUACAUUACCAAAUCCCUCUGGAAGUUCAUUAUUCAAAUGCUCAAGCAUUUCUAGUAGUGUAUUAUUUGGUAAUAAUGAUACAAAAACUGCACCAACAUUUGGACAAACUUCAACUGAAGAUAACAAACCUACAUUUGGAGCUGCAAGUACAAGUAAAUCUUCGACUUUUGCAGUCACAGAGAAUAAAGUACCAAUAUUUGGUAAUACAGAAAAUAAACCUACAGUUUUCGGUUCAACUGACCCAAAAAUAGGCGUAUUUGGAAGUACAGAUAAUAAACCAGCAUCAUUAUUCAAUCCACCAACUGCACUCCAAACACCAGCUGCAACACCAACACCUUUCGGUUUCGGAGCACCGUCAACUGCACCACUUUUUGGAUCAUCUGUUACUCCCGUUUUUGGUAACAAUAUAGUAUCAUCUACUACUGAGUCAACACCUAGUAUAUUUGGAUCUACCUCAAAGUCAAAUGAAACUGGCACAUCAGCAAAUUCAAACAUAUUUACAUUUGGUACUACUCCUGCCCAACCAAUACCAAAACCAACUGAUUUCAAUUUUUCUACAAAUACCAAUCCUGCUGAAUCGACUCAGAAACCAUUAUUUACAUUUGGUAGCCAUUCAUCUAUCCCGCAAAGUAAUAAUUUAUUUGGAAAUGGAUUCAAUAAUCCAAGUGCAUCAACUAAUUCUUCCGGAUUUACGUUUAAUGCACCUAAGCCAGAAACAUCAGCAUUUGCUCAAUCUACCAAUCCAAGUCCAAUUUUUGGUACAUCACAAUCUGGUACACAGAAUCAAGUGCCGUCGUCAUUUUCAUCUACUCCUUCAAAUGCGGGAUUUAAUUUCGGAUCUACUGCACCAGCUGCUACGUCGUCAGGAGGUUUUAAUUUUGGUGCUGCACCUGCUUCUGCACCAUCUACAGGAUUUAAUUUUAGUGUUCCUAACACUACACCAACGUUUGAUCCUAAUACUCCACCGACAUUUAACUUCACUGGUGGUAAUGCACCCACAGUAUUUAAUGCAACACCUACUCAAACACAACGGAAAAUCAAGAAAGCCAUUAGGAGAAUGCGGUAGAGGGCAAGUAACACACGACCAUAGUUGCAUGUACACUCGGAUGCAUUUUUUUUAUCUAUUUCAUGCAACCGCGUGUAUGAAUAUGUUCUUGAAUAUAUAUACUGAAGUUACAGUAUGAUACAAUGAAAAUAUCAUAUACCAAUCAAUGGUCACAUCAAUGUGGUGGUAUACCAAGCAUUUUAUGUAAUAUAUUAAUUUGUCAAUAGGAUAUGCUUGCGUACAGCCACUUGUGUUCUACAGGAUCUGUAAAUUAUAAAUUAUUUAAAUUAUACAAUAAUAACAAAUGAUACUUUGAUGUUGGCAUGAAGCCAUUUUUGAAACUAAGACAGAUCAUAAUGCCAUUGCAUUAAUAAUACCUUACCCAAACAAGACGUGCGUACUGACGUGACAAAUUAAUUUACUGAAAUGAGAGAAUACCUCGAUAAAGAAACCUAAUAAAGCACUAAAUAUGUGCAAUUUAUUGAGGAUAACGAGUAGGAGUGUAUCCCUCAGGUAAGUACAAGUCGUUCACAACUCGUAACAAUGUUUUUGUAAUUAAGAAGCAAGAGGGACUAAACAUUGAUUAAAAACUAUUUUUUUUGUGGUGAAAAAAACGUUGCAAUAAGUUGCAAUGACUUUAUUCUUAUAUUUGUAUGUAAAAAUCAUUCUUACCUGACUAAUUAUUUUUAAUAAAUUUGGUACACAAUUUUAUAUAGUCAGGUACACAUUCUUAAAGGAGCUUAAUAAACAAGAGAUAUGUGCUUAACUUUUAUUCUUUUCUUCUAUAAAUUUUGACACGUUACGAGUAUUGUGAAUCGACUAAAUAUCAAUGAAGUCCCACUGCGUAUAGACAUUAAUUAUAUUUUCAUUAGAAUUUUGUGGACAGUUCUACAGUCUUUGUAGUACUAGUUCAAGAAAAAUGUAUCAUAUAAAAAAAAAAUGGCAUUCGGAUAGUACAAAGUCACGAUUACUGAACGGAUUGCAUUGAGUAGUCGAAAUUGUAUAUUUUUUUUAUAUAUUGAAUGAUUAAUCCUAUAAGAAUAUACUGAAUGCCAUUUUAAUAGAAUUAAAUUAUAUAGUAAUGUUGCGUGUUUUACCAUAGAAUGAAUGAAAAACGAAUCAAGAGGUAUGUUGAAUGGAAAUAAAUUAUUAUGGGACUUCUAAAGAGUUACUUUUUCUUUUAUUACUAAAUCAAAUGUAUUUUUAUAGUAAGUUUCUAAAAUUGUUAUCGACUUUGUAUAUUAUUGUUGCUUCUACUGUGUAUAUCACGAAAACGUAUCACUCUGCAGCAAAAAAAUAUAUUAUAUAUUAUAAUAAAAAAUAUAUUAUAAUAAAAUUAUAUUAUAAUGAAAUAUAAUAAAAUUAUAAUAUAUUUUAUUA